CUCGCGAUGGUUGGCGAGAACAAGCGACGGUACCGUCCACAGAGGAAGCUUCUCCUAUUUAUCGAACACAAUAAUGGCCGCUACUCAAACAUUCAGCUGCUCUCGACGUGGACAAGACGGCAUAGGAGGGUCACCGAUGUGUGUGUCGUCGCUUUGAAGUCGCCGUUUCUACCGCUGGCCUCGCUGCUCUCCCACAAUGCAUUGCCAGAAGCUUUUGUGUGUCUCAGGCAGACGGAUGUAACCGCUUUCACCUCGUCCACGUCUCGGCAGCAAAGGAGGAAGGUCCUACCGUGAUCGAUCUUGUUCACUGUUGUACUGCCACCAUGUCUGGUUCUGGAGAUCUACCAGCCAUCGAGGGUUCGGGGAUGGGCGGGAUGAAGCUUCCCAUCGGAAUGACCCGGAGGGCCCUCAGCUACGACGAUAACCUGGAGGCCCCCAUGUCCACGCCCCCUCAUGACAUCAGCAUCAACAACCUGUGGAGGCGUCCCGUCAUACCUGAAAGGAAGUUCUCCCAGCUGGCUGAGGAGGAUGAGACCACAGUCAGCCACUCCACGGUGCAGGACAGCGCCCCCUCCAGGUCAACAACGGUAGUGAAAGCCAAGGCCUCCUCCUUCAUCAUGAAUUCUCUCAUCACCAAGCAGACCCAGGACAGUAUGUACACGUUUGAGCAGAGGGCAGGUCUGACCGACACCAGCUACACACCUCACAAAGGCCUGACCGCCGAGGAGACCAGACACCACCACCGCAUACCUGAGUCCCUGCAGAAGCUGCAGAUCCAAAGCAUGGAGGCCAGAGAAGAGCGGCAGAGCUCCUCAGCCCAGUCCACUCCAUCCAGCACCCCUCACAGCUCCCCAAAGCUCCAGCACCGGAGCUGGUUCAGCAGCACCAGUUCAGAGAUCAGCUCCUCCAGCAGCAGCGUGGACAUGGUAGCAGGAGAACCGGCCGGGGUCGGAGGAGUCGUAGAACGCUGGGGAGUGUUUGGACCUCGGCCUUUCCAGAAGUCCACCUCAGAUCUGGGAUCAGAUUCAACAGCUGCAGCAGGCUUUGCUCUGCAGGCGUACCGCGGCGCCCAGAAGCCGUCUCCGAUGGAGGUGAUGAAGACUCAGGCCACCCGGCUGGCCGACAACCCCUCCGCCCAGAAGGUGUCGCCGCCCAAGAUGGAGAUCCCGACGGUGGACGGCCGGCGGCAGGGAGCCCGACCACACAAGCUCAAACACCGAGACAUGAACAUCCUGACGCCCUCCGGCUUCUAGGAGGCUCUGAAAGUCUCUGAGAGUCUCCUCACCCAGCGAACCCUGAAGGUCCCAUGAAACAAACACAAACACUCACCUGCCUCCUGCACAAAAACUCUGCUGCAUUUCCACCGUUUCCUGUAUCGUUUCUACCAAGUCUCCAGGUUUCUGUGGAGAAUCCGUUGAAAACGUCCCACACAGUUCACAGAGCAACUUCUUCUGUCUGUCUGCAGCAGUUCCAGCUGUUCUUGGUCUUAGUUUUUCCUGUAAAUUUAUUGUUUUCUACUCAGCUGCUUGUUGUCAGUGUGUUUCCAGAAAUCUAAUUAUUUUAUUGGCCUCAGUCACACAAACAGCAGUGAUAAACUGGAGUUAUUAUUCGUGCAAACAGUGAAGACAGAAGUUGGAUUUCAGACUCUUCCAUUCAAAUGCAUUUGGCUGAAAUUUCCCUGUUUUUGUUUUUGUUUUAUCUGAAAACUUCCACAUCGUUUCAUGGGACCUUUAGCGCUCCAGAUAACCACUGGACUCUCCACCAUCUCUGCCACUGAAACAAAUCAAAAUAUUAAAAAAAAAGAAAUUUAGAAGAGAAAAAAAAACUGCUGACAUUCGUCUCAUCCAUCAUCACUUUAUCUGGAGCUCAGACAAGAAUCAGCCCAGGAACAGACGAGAACUUUGUCCAGCUGGAGGUGAAGAUGGUUCCAGUUUAAGACGUUUCUCUUUAAAUGCACUUUAUCCUCAUUUAUCCAAGCCAACACGUCCUAGAUGUAGAGUCUCCACACCUUGUUUGUCUCUCAAGGUCUUUUAUUUUGAUGUUCUCUAAGCAGGAUGUGCAGAAGAACCACUUCCUGGAGUGUAGUUUGGCACCAACCAACAGAACAAAACUAUUCCAGAUAUAUUGUAAAGAAAGAUUUUGUCUCAGGAAAAUCCUCAGACUCGUGCUCACCCAUUAGUUUUAAAAUAGCAGCAGCUAAUUUUAUUCCUUUCUAGGAUCAGAAGAAGAAAAAACCUCCUGAUGUGAGCGGAUGAAGGUGAAACUGUACUGAAACUGCAACGAUAUGGAAAAGAAAUGUGAAGGAUUUCUGCUUCUGGUGCAUCAGAAAGAAGAGAACAAGUCGCCACAGAAGCGUAAAGAGAAAACGUGUCCUUAACCGUCAGAGGAAGCGACUGAUGCUGACUUUUAUUCCAGAAGGUUCAGCGAGUUCUCAGUUCCAGCUGGUAGAUGAAGAUGAUAAAUGCAAAGUUCUGCCAGAAGAUUCAUGCAAAGCUUCAUAGAAAAUACUGUUAAUAAAGCUGAUGGUUAUUUCUCACUUUUUCUUUGUUUUUUUAAUGAAGUGGGAUCAGUCUAUUUCCCGGUAAUGGAUCCGAUGCAUCACAAACAGCAGCUCCAGUCGUUUGUUUUGCUGUCGGUCCAUCGUCGUUUCAUCAGAACAAGAAGAACUCGUUCAGUCUGUCGGCAGCUGUAGACGCUUUCUGUUAACUUAAAUGUGUUUGUCUGAAGUUUGUGAUCAUAAAGUGUUGAAAAGUUUGUUCCUUUAAUUCUGUCCCGUCUUAAAGUCCUCUGUGUGUACGCCAGACUGAACUACAUUAUCUGAUGUUUUUCUAGUUGAUGUUUCUGAGAAUAAAUGUUGUCAUCAGUAAAAACACCA